AUGAAGAUUCUAGUGGGAAUUCUCAGUACACUGCUCGGCGUUGCCGAUGCCAAGGCGGAUACGAUCACCUUCGACAAGCAACAGGCGAACAAUUUCUUUUACAAAAUGCUGCGGCCGCGCAAGGAAGGCAAGCUAGAAGUGUUCCAGAUUCCAGAUGGCGUCGUCAAGGACGACUCGCAGACAGCAUACACCAACUACCUCGCACUCAAAGGAAAGAAAGCUCAAUCACCUCAAGAAGCUCUAGAAUAUGCAAACACGCCGGGGAGCGAAUAUGCUCUCAGGAAGGAAGACUGGGUGUCCAUUAAUGACGAUGAAUUCGUCUUCUUCCCCAUUCCAGUCUCGACAAGGACCUAUCAAGUUACCCCAAAGACUCAGCAGUUCCUCUGGAUCGUCGGCAACGAGGCCAACUGGGAACCAGCGAUGCACCGCUUCCGAUUCAAGGUCGACAAGAUGCCUCAGGAUGCGCUGGACUCGUCCGCCCUCCGUGUCUCCUUCACCGUCGAUGAUGAUGACAUUCUCCAACAGUCGAUUAGGGAGUUGUUUGACACGCUUGUUGGUUACACUUCAACCGAUAUUGAACACUGGCGAGUGGUGCACGUUGACGAAACAGCUGCCGAUGGAACGGUUGUCGUUGACUUUGUGUAUCGUGAAGGAAGCGAGUGUUUGUCCGCCUACGAUGACAUUUGGCCGUUCAUGACUGGCAGUAGCAUGUCGAUGGUUGGCGAGAGCGAGCCAAAGGAAGACCUCCGCCAAGCCGCAGCUACAUCUGGCCAGAGCAUUCUCACGCUUUCUCUAACUGUUCCAGACGCUUGCGAUGUUCCUAUGGUUGCACCGCCACCACGACCAAAAGCACCAGCUACUCAGACUCAAACCUACACUGCUGGUGAACCCUUCACAGUCGAGCUUCUUCUUGGCUCUGGAUCAGCCAUUGAUGGUGUUCCUUCGCAAUUCGUCGCCGUCAAUGAAGAUACUGCUUCGUUCCUCAUCCCAUUAAAUGCAGCUGGAAAAAUGACGCUCAAGGUCAGCAAUGGAGACACAGAGUACGACCUCGUGCUCGAACCCGCUGCUUAUGAGCCGUUUGCUGGGAAGUCUUUAACAUUUGAUGGCGGGCUAUCGUUUGAGCAGCGACAGCAACUCGUGGAAAAAAUUCCAUUCCCUCUUGUUGACUCUACCCAAGAUGGCGUAGCAUUUGGUCUUCCAUCUUCUUUGUGCGCUGAUCUUGCUGAAUAUGACUUCAUUUCCGACCGCAGCGCUGAAGUUGGUGGAAUUGUUGGAACAGUCGAUUGCCAGCUCAAGAAAAAGAAGUUGAAAAAGGAAGUUUCCCUCAAAGUCGGCAAAGUAAACGAAAUUGACCUUCCAUCCGCUGACAUGAAAAUUAUCGACCUCGGGUCACUCGACGACAAGCUUAUCCUCGUAGAUGACAACGUAGCAAAGGUCCUGCUGCCUCAAAAUAACUUAGACGACAUUGCAGAGGACAGUUUGCGAAUAAUCCUGGCGGAUCAAGAAAACGAUGAGUUUGAAGUUGUCCUCGACCUUUCAGAAGCAAAAGAAAACAGCGUCGAUCCAGCGUUUACACUCAACUUCAAGUUCAACUCGCAACCCGCCGACCGCUGGGGACUCAGCGAGACACUCACUGCUCUCAAGGAAAUCAAACGAGCCGGGGUUCCAAGUUCGUUCGAGCUCAUCGAAGUCAGUGACAAUGUCCUUGUGAUGACGGAUGCCGACAACGCGAAUUCAAAAUGCUCUGAGCUUGAAGGCGAAUACGCCUUCAUCGAAAACGGAGAGCUCUACUUCCGUUCAAAAUAUUUCAAGGACGCAUGGGAGAUUUCAACAAUCGACUCGGUCUCCUGCAAGACCCCAACAGAAGCACCAACUACUGAAAAAACAACGAUGAAACCGACUACGAGCAAACCGGUUUGUGUUCUGGACCAAGUGAAACUCCAGAAAAAAGUUUCCUUGAACAUCCAAGAAAACGUCGAAGAGAGAUUCUCCAAGGAAGAUUUACUGGAGAACAUUGAGAAAGAAUUCUUGGACCAAGUUGAAAUCAUCCCAAACAAAGUUGAUGCUUCAAUCAGUAACUGGAACUCAUUCAACGAGGAACUGACAGUUUUUGCUACAUGGGAUGCUAUUGUAGAAAUGAAAUCAGCAAGUGGCUUGGAAGACAAGAAAGCUUCUGAUAUCUCAUUCACUGUUAGCGCUGAGAACUGCAAAGACCAAGUCAUCAAAUUCGAAUUCGUCGUUGAUUUCGUCGAUGAUUGCAAGAAGCCAAGUCAUGUGCUAAGCAUCGAACUGUUGACACGAGAUCAGAAACCAAUGAUCAGUGACAAGUACAGCACGAUGGAGAUUAUCCGCGAAACCUACGGCGACGACGAUAUGGGAUUCAUUCGAGUCCAGAACUUUACAAAAGUAGACAGUGCUGGCAUGAUCUACAUCACAUGGCUGAAUCAUACGGAGGUCAUCUGCCAGGAAGAAUACUGCCCCUCCGAUGAAGUGCAGCACCUCGUUGAUUUCAUCGUCGAUCAGUCUAAUCCGCAAACGGCAAAGGCGAAGGACCAGUUUGUCAAUUAUUUCAAGGGAACCGACUAUAUCUUGAAACACAUCAAGUCGCUCAAGAUCAACGCUUGCAGAAAAAUGGAAAGCACUCCCAAAAGUGAUCCAGUCGAUGCCGCCAGCACCGCUGGAACUAGCGUCAUUCUUCUCAUCAUCGGAACAAUCGCGCUUGUGACCGCCGCAAUCGGAUGUAUUUACAUGAAGAAAAAGAAGGAAAAUGAGCAACAAAAUCAGCCGGGCCGUGUUCAGUCAAUUGACGAAACUUUCACGUCGAGGAAGGACGGUAAUGUCACAAUAAUGGAAAAUGAUCUAAACCCAGCAGAAAAUCAAAGCUUGCUACAGGGUCAACAGGACGAGUUUAGUCAAAAGCCCGACUCUAAACCCGAGGGACUGACGAGUUCGUGA